CUCUCUCUCAUCGAACAAAAAGGAAGAGAGGAAGGAAGACUUGGUAAAGCCAACUAACUGCCCUGCCUGUGACAUAGAAAUAUCCGAGAAACUUCCUCCUCCUCCUCCUCUCUCUCUCUCUCAAUCCAACAACCCACCCCCUACUACUACUGAUACAUACACACACACACAUAUAAUAUAUCUGUAUAUCUUAUCAUUAAAAUACCCCCCAAUAUCCCUCCCUUCUUAUUUUUACAUAUAUAUAAUAAUUUACAUCAAUUCAUCAUCACUUUAACGGUGCUUAGUGGUUCUCCCUUCACCUUCAGCAUUCCGAGUCAAUUCAAGGAGCUAUUUUCUUUUUAUAUGGAAUUGAAGUCAGACCUCUUUUUAACAAGAAUUCAGAUUGCCAUUUGAACUCUUUCCAGGCAUAACUUAUAACAAUGAAUCCCCGUUCAGAAAAGAUUGUGAGGUUUGAGGAUCACAUGUCAGAUAAAAGUAGCAAUGGAGGUUCUUCGCAGACAUUUAAAACAGUGAUGGGUUCCGUUUCCUCUAUGUUUCGGAAAGGUUUUGAACAUGGCUCUGGAGGGAUCAAAAGCUUGAAACGAUCAAUGGAGUCCCGUCCAUUUAACAGGCUUCUGAGUAGAGGCCUUGACUCUGGGAGGAGAACACUCAACCCACAAGGGAAGUUCCUCCAAAAGUGGAACAAAAUUUUUGUUUUGUCAUGCGUGAUUGCUGUUUCUGUGGAUCCGUUAUUCUUUUAUAUUCCAAUAGUUAAGGAUGACGACAAGUGCCUUGAUUUGGACAAAAAAUUACAGAUCACCGCUAGUGUUUUGCGAUCCUUCACAGAUAUCUUUUACAUAGUUCACAUCAUCUUUCAGUUUCGUACUGGUUUUAUAGCUCCUUCUUCUCGAGUAUUUGGUAGGGGUGUUCUGGUUGAGGAUGCUUGGGAGAUUGCAAAGAGAUAUAUGUCUUCAUACUUUUUGGUUGACAUACUUGCAGUUCUUCCAUUGCCACAGGUUGUGAUUUUGAUCAUUAUACCAAAGAUGCGUGGCUCAAGAUCCUUGAAUACAAAAAACUUGUUGAAGUUUGUUGUUUUUUUCCAGUACAUCCCUCGGAUGCUCCGAAUCCAUCCUCUGUAUAAGGAAGUCACAAGAACUUCUGGCAUACUUACUGAAACUGCAUGGGCUGGAGCUGCUUUCAAUCUCUUUCUUUACAUGCUCGCUAGUCAUGUAUUUGGGGCCUUUUGGUACUUGUUUUCUAUAGAACGUGAAACAACUUGCUGGCGGCAGGCUUGUGGAAAUAUAACAUCGACAAAUCCUGGGAUUAGAGUAGGAGAUUGCGUCAACUCUUCAUUUUAUUGUAAUGAGGAAAGGAUACCAGGACUUGUGGGCUAUUUGAAUUCAACCUGUCCCAUACAGGAAAUGGACAAUCCUCCUUAUGAUUUUGGUAUGUUUCUUCCUGCCCUUCAAUCUGGUGUUGCAAAUUCAACUGAUUUUCCACAGAAGUUCUUUUACUGUUUCUGGUGGGGUCUGCAAAAUCUUAGUUCUCUUGGUCAAAAUCUGCAAACGAGCACAUUUGUUUGGGAAAUUUGCUUUGCAGUGUUCAUAUCUAUAUCUGGUUUGGUUUUAUUCUCAUUUCUCAUUGGAAAUAUGCAGACUUACUUGCAGUCCACAACCAUAAGAUUGGAGGAGAUGAGGGUGAAAAGACGAGAUGCAGAGCAGUGGAUGUCCCAUCGUUUGCUUCCAGAGCCUCUUAAGGAGCGAAUCAGAAGAUAUGAACAAUAUAAAUGGCAGGAAACUCGAGGUGUUGAUGAAGAUAAUUUGAUCCGUAACCUUCCUAAGGAUCUCAGAAGAGAUAUAAAGCGCCAUCUUUGUCUGCAACUACUAAAAAGGGUGCCCAUGUUUGAGAAGAUGGAUGACCAGCUAAUGGAUGCUAUGUGUGACCGUUUGAAACCAGUUCUGUAUACCGAGAAUAGCUACAUAGUGAGGGAAGGGGACCCAGUGGAUGAAAUGCUGUUUGUAAUGCGUGGCAAAUUACUGACCGUUACAACCAAUGGAGGCCGAACUGGUUUCUUUAACUCCGACCACUUGAAAGCAGGAGAUUUUUGUGGUGAAGAGCUUCUUACAUGGGCCUUGGAUCCCCAUACAUCAUCCAACCUCCCGAUCUCCACAAGAACCGUUCGGGCACUUGAAGAAGUGGAGGCAUUUGCACUGAUGGCUGAUGAUUUGAAAUUUGUAGCCUCUCAGUUUAGAAGACUUCAUAGUAAGCAGCUACGCCAUACUUUCAGAUUCUACUCGCAGCAAUGGAGGACGUGGGCGGCAUGUUUCAUACAGGCAGCAUGGCGGCGACAUUGCAGGAAGAAAUUGGAAGACUCAUUGCGGGAAGAAGAGGAUAGGCUGCAAAAUGCGCUAACAGGAUCCGGCGGAAGUUCAGCUAGUUUGGGUGCCACAAUAUAUGCAUCACGGUUUGCAGCUAAUGCACUCCGUGCUUUGAGGAGAAAUGGUGCAAGGAAAGCAAGAAUACCUGAGAAAUUACCGCCGUUGAUGCUUCAGAAGCCGGCAGAGCCUGAUUUUACGGCUGAAGAUAAAUGAACUGAUAGUGUAGCAUGUUUAUAUAUGUAUUUUGUCGUACAAGGAGAACAUGUUAACCGGUUUUCUGGGUGGUUGUAAAAGAUAAAAAUUCAAUCGAAUGAUUCUUUAUAACGUUGUACAAUUGUAGAUAAA